AAUUUUGGCAUCAUAUUGCUGCUGGACAGUGGAGAGUCCGACAUUGUCGGUCUCGAACUGGUGAAUGGUAAUUUGAAUGUUGUUUGCAAUUGGAAAAAUGAAACAAGAAAUAAACAGUCCAAACGGAACGGUGCAAUAAUCGAUUCCAAGUGGCAUCGAAUUCAGCUGAUUCGCCAGUGGGGUCCCAGUGCACAGCUCACAGUACAGGUUGAUCAGGAACUAAUCAAUCUCGAUCUCCUAGAUGGGCCAAUCAGUUCCAGACAAACAUUAUUGAUUGGUGGAGUACCUAAAUUAAAAUCCGAAUCAGCUCAGUAUCGGCCUUUUUUGCAAUCCAUGUACGGAUUUGCCGGAUGUGUGGCAUCCAUUCAAAUCAAACAGUCUAACCGUGUUCGCGGCACAUUUGGCGGGUCUGCGUCCAACGAAACCGGUCGAUCGGAUUUACGCGUGACCACUCUAUUCUCGGAUCAUCUGGGUUCCGGCGUCACAUGGAACAAUGUUGAGCCAGGAUGUCCGCAAAAACCGAACGGGUUACGCCAGUCGACACAAGGAAACUGUACACCCCGAGUGUGUCAGUUUGGCGGACGGUGUGUGCAGCAGUGGGGCACAGCCCGGUGCGAUUGUUCAAUGACCAGUCUCACCGGAACCCACUGUACGGAGGUGACUUCGGCGAUACACAUUUCCGUAGGUCAGAACAGUGUGCUCAGUUUUGAGUUGAAUCCACCUCAAAACACAACCAGAGAUCAAUUGGCUUUCGGAAUUCAAGUAUCUCAACCUGGUCCGGUUGUUCUUUUUCUGAUCCAAGGUCAAGGGGAUUCGCCAGACUAUCUAGAAGUGUCCAUUGUGAAAGUUGAGGCCAGAUAUGUGCUCCUGGUACGAUAUAACAUGGGUGCUGGUCAGCACACACUGUACGAGCCCAAUGUGGAUGUGACCGACGGUCAGUAUCACAUUGUACAAAUUGUCCGUGACGGUCCAAGCGGUCUUUUACGUGUGGAUUUGGAACACGAGCGCACCAAUAUGCCCAAAGGGUUUUAUUUAACUUCGGUUGAAAUUUGGCCAAGUGCAUUGUCAUCAUUUCGGAACAUCUGCGGCGGUGUUUCACCCCCGCCUCCGUACCAAAAUAUGCACAUACUAUGGCAAACCACACCCUGCUACACAAUCAUUCACAUUGUGGGACUCGAGUGGACUACCGCAUCAUCGUGUCGUGCAAUCGAGUCAUUUGAAGAACUUGGUCAAGUUGGCUAA